AUGAAGAGAUCUUCACUUUAUUCAACAUUGAGCACAUUGAGGAAUCGGUUGCUCUUCAACUACACGAGACUUCUGUUUCAUCGAACAGUAGCAAACAUGGUUGUGUUUCGUGUUUCCAACUCUCCGCAUUCAUUAACAUCGGAUACGAGGAUGGGCCUGAGUUCGUUCCCAUCACAUUCAGGUCUUCACAUUCUUCUAAUCGUCGUCGGGAGUGUACCUUUGAGUUAA